AUGGCCCUACUGGAAGAGCUGGAGGAUGAAAUACGCAAGGAUUAUUUACUUAGUGUGAAGAAAGCCAUUGUAAACUUUGUUUUCGAUGAUUCGUCAGAUAAAAAACAAGCUUCAUAUGGGUCAGACAUAAUUUCGGACAAAAAUGCCGAAGAACACAGCGUGUCAGAGUAUCGCAAAGAGUUAGAUACUGUACCAAAACCAUGGCAUCCAACGUUCUUGUCAGCGUAUAAAUACUGUCAAAGAAAUUUAUUUAUAACAAACAUCUGUAUUCAUCAAUUAUUGAAUUUAUGGUACACUAAAUUUGCCGACUUAAGACUAAUCGAUAUUCAAGAAGUGUACUCGAAACCAUCAGCUUUAGAACUAUCCGCAUUUCAACAAAUUUGCGUGAAGCACAUUGAAAUGACAAAAGAGAAACUGACAAAAAAAUGGCUCAAUGAAAUACAAAGUAUUUUCUAUCAUGGAAAUAGACGUAAACUUGUUCCGACUAGUGAUGAACCAUUGAAACUUGAAGCAUUUUAUAGAUGUGCAGCCACACUGAUGACAGAGAAUUUACAAAAUCUUGGCUUAAUUUCAAUGUUGGAUUACAAAAAUCUUAUUUGUCAAUUACCAAUCAAUCCGAACGGUCAGCAACAUCCUCGAUUUAUUCUACGUCUUGUUCUAGAUGAGAAUAUGAUAAAAUUUGAGCCAUCCAUAGAAGAAUUCGAAAGUACACUAUUGAAUAUGUUCGAUUAUAUGUAUAAUGUUAUUCAGAGUAUACCUAAAAUUGAAACUCGUCUUUAUUCUGAUUGGCAAUCUGAUAAUGUCACAUUACAUCCAAUUAUUUUAAGUGACAUUAUAGAGGAACGUAAAUUUGAAGUUAGAAAAACGUUAUUAUUACAACUUAAAGGACCAGAGUUACAUAUUCGAGAAUAUGAUAAAUAUCAAUUUCUAGUCAAUAGACAAGCUGAACAAAAUAUUGAAUUGUUAUUAAAUCCACCAGUACAAGAACUAACAGUUCAAGCCGCUGAAUCCACUGAUGAUGACGAUUUACAAGAUAAUCUUGAUGAUAAAGUGAAAUUAGAAGAAGCGUCUGAAAAAGAUGUUAUUGAAAAUAAACCGAUUGGACCAUCAUUUGAAGAAUUGACACGUGAACUAUUAAAAUAUGAUCGUUUAGUGAAAAGAAUCCAGUAUGAAUCCAGACGUACAAUUUGUUUGGGAUUAUUUGAAGUACAUUGUGAUGAAUUAAUUCGUUCUUUAACUAAACGAGCUGAAAAUAUAUCAGAUCGUAUUUUGGAACGGAUUUUAGAAGAUCAUAGAAUAAUGAAUAAAACUUUGAUUCAAGAAUAUGAACUUAUCAGUACCAAAGCGUUAACUGUUCCAACUGAUAUUUCACAUAUGAUACAAAUCAAUGAAUUUGUUAAUCAUGCAGAAAAAGUUACAAUGAACACCUUGGAACGUGAGCUGGAUAAUUGUAAAGAUCGCUUAUUAUUUCUUAUGGAUCAUGCACAAUUAAAUCCAUCAGAUAUGCGUAUUAAUAGUCAGGUAUUUGAAUGGCAUACACGUAUGAAUGAAGUAUUCGCUGAAAGCCGACGUAUUGCACAAACGAAACGUGAAGAAUUUGAAAUUAGUCUGAGAUAUAAACGUGAAAGAUUUAUUGAAGAAAUUGAAUCAUAUAGAAAACAAGUGGAUAAAUUCCAAGGAUAUGGAGAUCUGAAUGAAAUAAAUCGAUAUUUGAAGAAAGCACAAAGUUUAAAUUCAAAGUUAGAAAUAGCUUUAACUAAAAUAGAUGGAUUCAAUGCAGAUGAAGAAGCAUUGAAAUGGGAUACAACAUCAUAUCCACUACGUAAUGAAAUACAAAAUAUAUUGAAACCAUUUUUAACUCUAUAUGAAAUGACAGUAGAAUUCAAUAAGAAACAUAAAGAAUGGAUGGAAGGAUCUAUGGAUAAGGUUGAACCAGAAAAAGUAGAAAUGGACGUAUCAAACUAUUAUCGUAGUUUGUUCAAACUAGAGAAGACAUUCGAUACUUUACCAGCACCACGAAAAAUUGCUACACAAGUUCGUGGAAAAGUCGAAGAAUUCAAAGAACAUUUACCGCUAAUACGUGCAUUAUUUAAUCCAGGUUUACGUGAAAGACAUUGGGAACAGAUUUCAGAAAUAGUUGGUUUUACAGUAAGUAAUCAAGAAGAAGGAAUAUGUUUAGCUAAAUUGAUUGAUAUGAAUCUUGAUCCGUAUAUAUCUAAAUUUGACUCAAUCUCAGAAGCUGCUAGCAAAGAAAAUAGUCUUGAAAAAACACUGGAUAAAAUGCAUAAAGAAUGGGAAUCAAUGGAGCUGAACUUGAUACCAUAUCGUGACAGUGGUACAUUUAUACUCUCUUCAGUGGAUGAUAUACAAGUAUUGUUAGAUGAUCAUAUUGUAAAAACUCAAACAAUGCGUGGAUCACCUUAUAUUAAACCAUUCGAAGCGGAAAUCAAAGAUUGGGAACAAAAAUUAAUAUUAACUCAAGAUAUACUUGAUGAGUGGUUAAAAGUACAAGCUACAUGGUUAUAUUUAGAACCAAUAUUUAAUUCACCAGAUAUUAUAUCACAAAUGCCAGAUGAAAGUAGAAAAUUUAUUAUUAUUGAUAAAAUAUGGAAAGAAUUAAUGAAACAAUCAAAUCAAAAUCAUUCUAUAUUAAUUAUUAUUACUAUGGAGAAUUUAUUAAAUAAAUUACAAAAAUCUAAUCAAUUACUUGAAUUAAUCUUAAAAGGAUUAAAUACUUAUUUAGAAAAGAAACGUUUAUAUUUUCCAAGAUUUUUCUUUUUAUCUAAUGAUGAAUUAUUAGAAAUUUUAUCAGAAACAAAUGAUCCAUUAAGAGUACAACCACAUUUAAAAAAAUGUUUUGAAGGUAUUGCAUCAUUAUUAUUUACUAAAACAUUAGAUAUUACACAUAUAAUAAGUAGUGAUAAUGAAUCAGUUCAAUUAUCUAAUACAAUAUCAACAUUAAAUACACAUGGUUCUGUGGAAAAAUGGUUAUUACAAUUAGAAACUAAUAUGAUUAAUUCAAUACAAUUAAAUAUCAAUAAUGCAUUAAAUGAUUAUUUAAUUAAAUUACGUAAAGAUUGGGUUAAAUUAUGGUGUGGUCAAGCUAUAUUAGCUGGUUCUAUGUAUUAUUGGACAAUGAAUGUUGAAGAAGCAAUACAAAUUAGUCUUGAUGCAAUGAAAAAUUAUUUAAAAGUAAACAACCAGCAAAUAGAUGAAAUUGUUGCUAUGGUUAGAGGACAAUUAUCUAAACAAAAUCGUAUAACACUACAAGCAUUAAUUGUGUUAGAUGUUCAUGCACGUGAUGUACUGGCCGAACUUAUAUCACUUAAAUGUCAAUCCAAUACAGAAUUUUCAUGGCUUAGUCAACUACGUUAUUAUUUGGUUGAACAAAAGCUAGUGACACGUAUGAUUAAUUCACAAUUAAACUAUGGUUAUGAAUAUUUGGGUAAUACUGGGAGAUUAGUUAUCACACCAUUGACUGAUAGGUGUUAUCGAACAUUAUUUGGUGCAUUACAUUUACAUUUGGGUGGUGCGCCUGAGGGUCCAGCUGGUACAGGUAAAACAGAGACAACCAAAGAUCUCGCAAAAGCAGUAGCUAAACAAUGUGUUGUAUUCAAUUGUUCCGAUGGACUGGAUUAUAUUGCUUUGGGUAAAUUUUUCAAGGGACUUGCAUCAUGCGGUGCAUGGUCAUGUUUUGAUGAAUUUAAUCGUAUUGAUUUAGAAGUACUUUCUGUAGUAGCUCAACAAAUUUUAACUAUUCAACGUGCAAUUCUUGCCAAUCAAACAAGUUUAAUAUUUGAAGGAACUGAAAUUAAAUUAGAUCGAACAUGUGCUGUAUUCAUUACAAUGAAUCCAGGUUAUGCUGGACGUUCAGAACUACCAGAUAAUUUAAAAGCUUUGUUUCGUUCAGUAGCUAUGAUGGUACCAGAUUAUGCAAUGAUUGCAGAGAUUUCAUUAUAUUCAUGUGGUUUUGUUAAUGCUCGUCCACUUGCUAUAAAAAUUGUUGCUACUUAUCGUUUAUGUUCAGAACAAUUAUCUAGUCAAUCUCAUUAUGAUUAUGGUAUGAGAGCUGUGAAAUCUGUCCUUACAGCAGCUGGUAAUCUUAAAUUAAAAUAUCCAAAUGAAGAUGAAGAUGUAUUAAUGUUACGUUCUAUUAUUGAUGUGAAUUUACCGAAAUUUCUUAGUGAUGAUUUACCAUUAUUUAGUGGAAUAGCUUCAGAUCUAUUUCCUGGUAUUGAACGUCCAACACCAGAUUAUGAAAUAUUAAAUAAUGCUAUAAAAGAUGCUUGUGAUCGUAUGAAUUUACAAUAUACUAAAUUUUUCAUAGAGAAAAUACAACAAGUUUAUGAAAUGAUGAUUGUACGGCAUGGUUUUAUGAUUGUUGGUGAACCAUUCGGUGGUAAAACUAGUUCAUAUCGUGUAUUAGCUGCUGCUUUAGGUGAAAUAUGUGAAAAAGGUCUUAUGGAAGAAAAUAAAGUGCAAUAUACUGUAAUCAAUCCAAAAGCGAUAACAAUGGGACAGUUAUAUGGUCAGUUUGAUCCCGUAUCACAUGAAUGGUCAGAUGGUAUAUUAGCUGUUUCAUAUAGAACAUUUGCUACAUCAACAACACCAGAUCGUAAAUGGUUAAUAUUUGAUGGACCAGUUGAUGCUGUAUGGAUAGAGAAUAUGAAUACUGUGUUAGAUGAUAAUAAAAAGUUAUGUUUAAUGUCAGGUGAAAUUAUUCAGUUAGCGCCAACAACUAAUUUGAUAUUCGAACCAAUGGAUUUAGAGGCUGCUUCACCGGCAACUGUAUCUCGUUGUGGUAUGAUCUAUUUGGAACCGGCAAGUUUAGGUUGGCGACCAUUGCUACGUAGUUGGAUGAAUAAAUUACCUAAUUUUAUUAAACAGUUACAUAAAGAUAUUUGGAUUGAUAUGUUUGAUAGAUUUGUCGAUGCCGGUAUUGCAUUAAUUCGUAAAGGUGGUAUUAAAGAAUUAUCACCAACUAGUGAUAUAAACUUAGUGAAAUCAUUAAUGAAUCUAAUUGAUUGUCAAAUAGCAGAAUUUAAUGCUGACAAUAAUUUUACACAACUUACUGAUCAUAAUUCAAGUGCAAUCGUUGAAUGUAUAUUCUUUUUUGCUUAUGUUUGGUCAAUCGGUGCUACUACAGAUAAAGAUGGUAGACAGAAAUUUGAUAAAUUAAUACGUGAAUUAAUGAAUGGUGGUAUGAUGGAAGAGACAAGACAACGACUGGCAUUAAUUGAAUUAGUUCCACCGCCAAUGGAAGAUUAUAAACGUCCAUUUCCGAUAAAGAAAACAGUUUACGAUUAUAAAUUAGUAAUGAAGGCCAAUAAUAAAGAAGGAAUAGAAGAUGAGAUCCCAAUUAACUGGGAGUUGUGGACAGAGACUGUACGUUUAGCGCCACCAAUACCUAAAGAUGCCAGUUUCAAUGAAAUAAUCAUUCCAACAGUAGAAACUGUUCGAUGUAAUCAUUUACUAAAUUUAUUUAUUUUAAAUGGUAAACCAUCAUUAUUUAUCGGUCCAACUGGUACUGGGAAAUCAUGUUAUAUAAUGGAUUUUCUCAUGAAUAAGGUGGAUAAAGACAUCUAUAAGCCGCACACGUUGAACUUUUCAGCACAAACUAGUGCAAAUCAAACACAGAAUAUUAUUUUAUCGAAAUUAGAUCGUCGACGUAAAGGUGUAUUUGGACCACCAAUGGGUAAAAAAAUUAUUGUAUUUGUUGAUGAUUUGAAUAUGCCAGUAAGAGAAACAUAUGGUGCACAGCCUCCGAUUGAAUUAUUACGGCAAUGGUUGGAUCAUUGGAAUUGGUAUGAUUUAAAAACGAAUGAAGCAAUCCGAUUGAUUGACUUACUUUUCAUUGGUUCUAUGGGCCCACCAGGAGGUGGACGAAAUGUCAUUACUCCAAGAUUUUUACGUCAUUUAAAUAUUGUAACUGUUAAUGAAUUCGAUGAUCAUACAAUGAAAACAAUAUUUACAAGAAUUAUGGACUGGCAUAUCACAGUGAAAGGUUUUAGUCCGGAUUAUAAGAAAAUGCCAGAACAAAUAGUUAAUGCCACACUUGAAGUAUAUAAAGCUGCAUUACAAAACCUGCUACCAACACCCACUAAAUCUCAUUAUCUAUUUAAUUUACGUGAUUUUAGUCGUGUUAUACAAGGUAUUUUACUAUCGGUUCCUGAAUCUGCGGAAACACUAGACUCUAUGAAACGUUUGUGGGUUCAUGAAGUAUUUCGUGUUUAUUAUGAUCGUUUAGUCGAUGAUGCUGAUCGUGAAUGGUUAUUUAAUUUUAUACGACAAUGUGUUAAAACGCAUUUGGAUGUAGAAUUUAAUACAUUAUUUCAACAUUUAACAGGUGAUAAUGAAACUGAGGUUACAGAAGAUCAUCUUCGAUCGCUUAUGUUCUGUGAUUUUGCUGAUCCUAAGGGAAAACGUAAUUAUGCUGAAGUCAAUGAUGUUGAACAAUUACGUAAAGUAACUGAAGCUUACUUAGAAGAAUAUAAUCAGUUAAGCAAGAAACCUAUGAAUUUAGUUCUAUUUCGUUUUGCUAUAGAACAUGUAUGUCGUAUUGCACGUAUAUUAAAACAACCAAGAUCGCAUGCAUUACUUGUUGGUAUCGGAGGAUCAGGACGUCAAUCACUUACUCGAUUAGCUGCUCAUCUAUCAGAUUUUGACUUAUUCCAAGUUGAAAUCUCUAAAAGUUAUGGUGUUAAUGAAUGGAAAGAAGAUUUGAAGCAUAUCUUAAGAAAAUCAAGUGAAACUGAUAAUCAUGCUAUUUUCUUAUUUACUGAUACACAAAUUAAACAAGAAAGUUUUCUAGAAGAUAUAAAUAAUUUAUUAAAUGCUGGUGAAGUACCUAAUCUUUAUGCAAUUGAUGAAAAAAUGGAAUUAUGUGAAAAAAUACGUCAAAUUGAUAGAGCAAGAGAUAGAAAUAAACAAACAGAUGGUUCACCAGUAGCAUUAUUCAAUUAUUUUAUACAACGUGUUCGUGAACAAUUACAUAUUGUAUUAGCAUUAAGUCCAAUUGGUGAUUCAUUUAGAAAUCGUUUAAGAAAAUUUCCUUCAUUAGUUAAUUGUUGUACAAUUGAUUGGUUUCAGGCAUGGCCAGAAGAUGCUUUAACAGCUGUUGCUACACGUUCAUUAAAAGAUAUUGAUAUGACAGAUGAAAUUCGUAAUGGAUGUAUUGAUUUAUGUAAAUAUUUUCAUACUAGUACAUGUAAUCUAUCAACUCGAUUUCUAUUAGAAUUAGAUCGACACAAUUAUGUAACACCUACAUCAUAUCUUGAAUUAAUUACAACUUUUAUAACAUUAUUAUCAAAAAAACGAACGGAAGUAUUAACUCAAAAAUGUCGUUAUGAAGUUGGUCUGGAAAAAUUAAGUAGUGCAGCUAAUGAGAUUAGUUUGAUGUCGGUGGAAUUACAAUCACUUCAACCAAAACUUGUACAAGCUAGUAAAGAAGUUGAUGAAGUUAUGAUUGUUGUGGAACAGCAAAGUGCUGAAGCAGCUAAACAGGAAAAACUUGUACGUGUUGAUGAAGCGGUUGCUGGUGAACAAGCAAAAGCUGCUGAAACAAUGAAAGAAGAAUGUGAUAAUGAUUUAGCUGAAGCAAUACCGAUAUUAGAAUCGGCAUUAAAAGCUCUGGAAACACUGACACCGGCUGAUAUUACUAUUGUUAAAACAAUGAAAUCCCCACCAGCUGGUGUACGUUUAGUUAUGGAAGCUGUUUGUGUUUUAAAAGGUAUUAAACCUGAUCGUAUAAAUGAUCCUAGUGGAUCAGGUAAAAAAAUUGAAGAUUUUUGGGGUCCAUCAAAAAAAUUACUUGGUGAUAUGAAAUUUUUAGAAAAUUUAAAAAAUUUCGAUAAAGAUAAUAUACCAUUAACAAUAAUGAAAACAAUACGUGAACGUUAUAUACCAAAUCCUGAUUUUAAACCAGAACGUGUUGCAGUUGCUUCAACAGCAUGUGAAGGUUUAUGUAAAUGGGUUAUAGCUAUAGAACGUUAUGAUAUAGUAGCAAAAAUUGUAGCACCUAAAAAAGAAGCAUUAGCUAAAGCUAUGUCUGAAUAUAAUACAGCAAUGAAUGCAUUAAAUAUAAAACGUGCAGCACUUAAAGAAGUACAAGAUCGUUUAAAAUUAUUAACAGAUGAUUUAGAAAUGAAUAAACGUAAAAAAAUUGAUUUAGAAAAUAAAGUUGAUUUAUGUACAAAAAAAUUAGAACGUGCUGAACAAUUAAUUGGUGGUUUAGGUGGUGAAAAAUCACGUUGGACAGAAGCAGCUAAAUCACUUGGUAAACAAUAUAUAAAUCUUACUGGUGAUAUACUUAUUUCUAGUGGAUUAGUUGCUUAUUUAGGUGCAUUUACAUCAACAUUUCGUCAAAUACAAGUGAAAAUUUGGUUAAAUGAAAUUAUGAAAUAUUCAAUUCCAUGUUCAGAAUCAUUUAGUUUAGUACAUACAUUAGGUAAUCCAGUUGAUAUUAGAGCAUGGAAUAUUGCUGGUUUACCAACAGAUGAUUUUUCAAUUGAAAAUGGAAUCAUUAUGGCUAAUGCAAGACGUUGGCCACUAAUGAUUGACCCGACUAGUCAAGCUAAUAAAUGGAUAAAAAAUAUGGAGAAAAAGAAUAAUUUACAAAUUAUCAAAUUAACUGAUAGUGAUUUUGUUCGUACAUUAGAAAAUUGUAUACAAUUUGGUACACCAGUAUUAUUAGAAAAUAUUGGUGAAGAAUUAGAUCCAAUGUUAGAAUCAUUAUUAUUAAAACAAACAUUUAAACAAGGCGGUGCAUUAUGUAUUAAAAUUGGUGAUUCAGUUGUUGAAUAUUCACCGGAAUUUCGUUUUUAUAUGACAACUAAAUUUAGAAAUCCUCAUUAUUUACCAGAAACUUCAGUUAAAGUAACUUUAGUGAAUUUUAUGAUUACUGAAGAAGGUUUACAAGAUCAAUUAUUGGGUAUUGUAGUUGCACGUGAAAGACCAGAAUUAGAAGAAGAAAAAAAUAAAUUAAUAUUACAAGGUGCUGCAAAUAAAAAGAAAUUAAAAGAAUUAGAAGAUCAAAUUCUUGGUGUAUUAUCAUCAUCUGAAGGCAAUAUUUUAGAAGAUGAAAGUGCUAUUAAAGUAUUGAAUUCAUCUAAAGAAUUAUCUAAUGAAAUAGCAGAGAAACAAGCAUAUUUUGAAGAAACUGAACAAAAAAUUGAUAUGGCACGUUUAGGUUAUGUACCAAUUGCUGUACAUACAGCUAUUUUAUUCUUUUCAAUAUCUGAUUUAGCUAAUAUUGAUCCAAUGUAUCAAUAUUCAUUAACAUGGUUUAUUAAUCUAUUUAUAAUGGGUAUUGAUAAUUCUGAGAAAUCUGAUGAUCUGGAACAACGUUUAACUAAUCUACGAAAUUAUUUAACAUAUUCAUUAUAUUGUAAUGUAUGUCGAUCAUUAUUUGAAAAAGACAAGCUACUAUUUUCAUUCUUACUUUCUAUCAAUAUGCUUCGUCAUGAGGGAUUGUUAAAUGAACAAGAAUGGAGAUUUUUAUUAACCGGUGGUGUCGGUUUAGAUAAUCCACAUGUAAAUCCAUCCAAUUGGUUACAAACUAAAUCAUGGGAUGAAUUAUGUCGGCUAGAUCAAAUCAAUGUUUUUACUGGUAUACGUGAACAUUUUGAAUGUAAUCUUAAUGCAUGGAAACGUAUAUAUGAUAGUGUUGAACCACAUAAUGAAAAAUUACCAGAUGAUUUAACACACAUUAAAACACAAUUGCAAUUUCUUUGUCUACUACGUGUUUUAAGACCAGACAAAAUUGUACCAGCUAUACAGAAUUUUGUUUUAACAAAUUUAGGCAAGAAAUACAUUGAACCGCCACCAUUUGAUUUACCAGGUGCAUUUUCUGAUUCUUCAUGUACAGUACCUUUAUUAUUUGUUUUAUCACCUGGUGCUGAUCCUAUGGUAGCAUUAUUAAAAUUUGCUGAAGAUAUGGGAUUUGGUGGUACAAAAUUUGAAUCACUAUCACUUGGUCAAGGUCAAGGUCCGAUAGCUUUAAAAAUGAUAGAACAUGGUAUAAAAGAUGGUACAUGGGUGUUAUUACAAAAUUGUCAUCUAGCACCAAGUUGGAUGGGUAUUUUAGAGAAAAGAGUGGAAGAAUUUAAUCCUGACACAACACAUCCAGAUUUUCGUUUAUGGUUGACAAGUUAUCCGAGUAAAGAUUUCCCUGUAUCAAUUUUACAAAAUGGUGUUAAAAUGACUAAUGAACCACCGAAAGGUUUACGUUUUAAUCUAUGGAGAUCAUAUUUAAGCGAUCCAAUUUCAGAUCAAGAAUUCUUUCAGUCAUGUUCAAAUAAACAUGCUUGGAAAAAAUUAUUAUUCGGAUUAGUAUUCUUUCAUGCUAUUGUACAAGAAAGACGUAAAUUUGGACCACUCGGUUGGAAUACACCGUAUGAGUUCAAUGAAACAGAUUUACGUAUAUCAGUUCAACAGUUACACAUGUUUCUUGGACAGUACAGUGACGUUCAAUAUGAAGCUUUACGUUAUUUAACUGGAGAAUGUAAUUAUGGUGGUCGCGUUACUGAUGAAUGGGAUAGGCGCACUUUAAAAACAGUUUUAAUGCGCUUCUAUUGUCCAGAAGUAGUUAAUGAAAUUAAACAUCCGUUCGAUUCAAGUGGAAUCUAUUAUGCACCUGAAGAUACUGAAUAUGAAGGUUAUAUUGAUUAUAUAAAAACACUUCCAUUGAAUCCUGAUCCAGAAAUUUUCGGUAUGCACCAGAAUGCUGAUAUUACUAAAGAUCAACAAGAAACCAAUUUAAUAUUUACAAGCACACUUUUAACUCAAGCAAAAGGAACAUCAUCAUCUGGAAAAUCACUCGAUGAAAUAGUUGAUGGAGUUGCUUCUGAUAUCUUAACUCGUCUACCAUUAAAUUUUGAUACAGAAUUAGUAUUACGAAAGUAUCCAACAUGCUAUGAACAAAGUAUGAAUACAGUAUUAGUACAAGAAAUGGUUCGUUUCAAUGUACUCUUAAGUAUAAUACGUUCAAGUCUUAAAAAUAUUCGAUUAGCUAUUAAAGGUUUAGUGGUCAUGUCAUCUGAUUUAGAAGAUGUAGUGGCUGCAAUACUUGCUUCAAAAAUUCCAAAAUUAUGGAUGAAAAAAUCAUAUCCAUCAUUAAAACCACUUGGAUCAUAUGUAAAUGAUUUUCUGGCACGUUUAAAAUUCCUUCAGGUAUGGUAUGAACAAGGACCUCCACCGGAAUUUUGGAUAUCUGGUUUCUUUUUCACACAAGCUUUUCUUACUGGUGUACAACAAAAUUAUGCACGAAAGCAUACAAUACCUAUUGAUUUGUUAUCUUUUGAAUUUGAAGUAUUAGAUGACAUCAAAUACACAGAUGCUCCAUCAGAAGGAGCUUAUGUAUCCGGUCUGUUUGUGGAUGGUGCAAGAUGGGAUAGGAGUACAAAAAAAUUAGCAGAAGCUUUACCAAAAGUUUUACAAGAUCCUAUGCCACCUAUUUGGUUAAUACCAAUAAAACGGAGUGAUAUUAAAUCAAGGCCUAGUUAUACAGCACCAGUUUACAAGACAAGUGAACGUCGUGGUGUAUUAUCAACAACUGGACAUUCUACAAAUUUUGUAUUACCAAUUCUGUUGACAUCAGAUAAACCGGAAAGUCAUUGGAUUAUGAGAGGUGUCGCUUUAUUAUGUCAAUUGGAUGAUUAAACGGAGUGAUAAAAUAAGAAAUUUAAGUUCGGGAUACCUGAUACAUAAUCACCAAUUCAUAAAACCAACCAUACUUUUAUUAUAUAUACAUAUUUUUAAAACGAACUUCAAAUAUGUAUACUUAUUCACUAUUUUAUUUACAUCAAUUGAUAUUAUCACGAUAUACACUCGAAAUAUGUUGUAAAAGUUAACUUAACUUUAGAAUCAUAUAAGAAAUUAAUAAAAACUUUUUAA